ACGGUGGGUCAAUGGCUGCAAUACACAGAAAUUAUGGUAAAAAGCAGUGUCUGUCUAUUGUUUGUGUUUUCACCCUUUCCCAUUACAGUUCAGCCUGAAGUGUUUAUCUCCAGAAGUGACCCCAAUAAUCAGUACAAGCCGCUCACUCUCUCCUGCCUGGUUACUGGGUUUUAUCCUGUAGACAUCGAGGUGAGCUGGCUAAGGAAUGGAGAGGUAAUGUCUGAGACACUAUCCUCGGGGGUUCGACCCAACCACGAUGGGACCCAUCAGAUCCAGAAAGAGAUUGAAAUAAAUGCUGGGGAUGAGGAUCAAUACUCCUGUCAAAUUGAACAUAGCAGUCUGGCAGAGAGCAAGCUCUAUCAGUGGGAUUCACCAAGUGUGACCUACACAACAGCUCAGACGGGACCUGAAGAUUCUGACAGCAGAAGGAGCCGUAAAAUUCCGCCCAUCGUUAUGGAUCCAUAUAUCCAGAAAUAUCCCAUGACUGUUUCUGGGAUGGGGUUCAUCCCUUGUUGUGGACAGAUUGAGAUAUUAGGGGGUGUUGUAUUCCUGACUGACACGUUGAGGUAUUCAGGCUUCAUGAACCGAGAGUUCUUCAGGAAGACUUACACGCCUGUUCGAAGUGAUUGA